AUGCCGCCACGUAGAAGUAAUCCACCUGCAGCGCCAGUCGCAGAAGUAGAACCACCCAAACCCCCGAAGCCGCGAGAAGAUGACACCCUAAGCGUCGAAGACCUCAACCUGCCCAAAUCCAUAGUCCAGCGCCUCGCAAAAGGCGUCCUACCACCUAACACCCAGAUUCACAAAGAUGCGCUCCUCGCCAUGUCGAAAGGCGCAACCGUAUUCGUAAACUACCUCACAUCUGCCGCCGCAGAAGAAGCCCUACGCAGCGGGCGCAAAUCGGUAAUGCCAAACGACGUAUUCGCCGCGAUGCGGGAGCUCGAAUUCGAGUUCAUGCUGCCCCGCCUCGAGGCGGAGGUCAGCAAGUUCACGAGCAUACAGGCGGACAAGCGCAACACGUAUCGCAAGAAGAUCCGCGACGAAAAGAGGGCGAAGAACGACCCCGACGGUGUGUCGGUGAUGACGAAUGGGGAGACGAGCUUUAUGAGCGUGGGCACAGCUGGGGUAGAUGGUGAAGAGCCGCGCGCGAAGAAGGCGAGGUUGGAUGGUGAGGUGGAGGGCAGUGAUGACGAGGGCGUGGAUGAGGCGCAGGAUGUUGAGGAUGAAGAGGUGGAGGAGGACGAGAUUGUUGAGGAUGAGGCGCCGGAGGACGACUUGAAGGAGGAUCCGCUCGAGGACAAAGAGGACAAGGAGGAGGAUGACGAGAUGGCGGAUGAUAGCGACUAG